GGAUAUUCUUCCCCCGCCCCUGCCUUCAGCUUGUCCGCCUCGACGGACUGACAGGGCUCUCUACGUUAAUCGCCACUCCCUUGAUCUCCAAAGAUGUUGUUGCCCCGCAACUCAACAGUUCCUGUGCACCAUGUGGUAGAAAUCCGGACAAUUUGAGAUCGAAACCGUCGUGUAUAGUGCUGAAUUCGGUCCAGAGUUGGACCUGGGAAACCGCGAUGGUGCGUUCGAGAUCGUAAGGUUGCCGACGAAGGCGUAACUUGGAAGUCCUCUGUGUCCCGGCGAUGUCCCAAUGUUGGCCCGAUUUUCUGUUUUUAGCGAGCUGUGGGCUAGUUUGUGGGUAUGAUCCGGGGAAUGAGACGAGAUGUCUGUCUGAGUGAGACCACUCUAGGGGCUGUUGGAGGAUGAGGAGGGAAGCGCAGAAGUUGGCCAUUCUUUUCAGUGACUGGACUCUGUGCGAGUGGUCAGCUUUCGGGAGCUGCUGUUGCAUUGACCGGUGAUUCUUUCGAGAUCGUAGAGACAGCAGCUGGCAAGGGUUUUGGGAGGCUUUUCAAAUGAAGGGCAUUCAAGAGCUUUCAGAUGAUGAAGAUUAUAUUCCGCCUGUCAAUGCAUCGCGAUAUUUCAACAGGGGCAAAGCGCUCUCAAAGACAUCAUCCAAUCAUGCCAAUGGAAAUGGAAAUCCAAACGGAACGAGUUUUGGAGUUUCAACUUCUUCAGCAAGUGACUCUGACAAAGAUAAGAAAUCCGAAGUUUCAGGUUCUUUACUAAGCGAUUCUGGCAAGAAUCAAAAGUCCGUUACUGAAUUGGAUUCGUUCGCAUUUAACCGCAAGUCCAGAAUUGCCAAGCGACCUAUCGAGCUACUCGAAGACGAGGAGGACGUGGACGUUGGAGCUGCAAAGGUGCGACGAGCGGAGGUUGUAGACAUUGAGCCGACUAACGGAAACAAGAGGCGGAGACGGUAUCACACCAUCGAAGACAGUGACGAUGAAGAGUUGGAUGAGAAGAAAUCGUUUGGUGAUAAUCUGACCCCAGGAACGGAAAUCGAUCAAUGUGCAGCCGAUGAAUCCUUAGCAAAAAGGUUGCAGGAUUUAGAGCACCGGGCAGUUUCUGGCCGUAAUCGCCUGGUUCAAAUUUUGUCAGAUUCCGAUGAAGAAGAAGAGGAAGAAGUAAAUCCCAUAACCAUCACCCUACAAAGGUGUGACCAGAUUGCAGCAUCAUUGCGAGAAGAGCUGCAGGCCAGCAGUUCAAGUGAUAACUCGGUUAAUGAAGAUCGUUAUGCAGAGGUUGAUGUAGCAGCAGCAAAAAUUGUGAGCCAGGCAGAUGUCUGUGCAGCUUGUGGCAUUGCCGAGAAUGAUACACAACGAAUGCUCAAGCCAUAUCAGCUUGUAGGCGUCAAUUUCAUGCUGCUACUUCACCGCAAACAUGUUGGGGGUGCUAUACUUGCGGAUGAAAUGGGCCUAGGAAAGACUGUGCAGGCAGUUGCGUAUCUUGCCCUUCUGAAACAUCUUGAUGGAGAUGCUGGUCCUCAUCUUUUAGUUGCACCUGCUUCUCUUUUAGAAAACUGGCAAAGAGAACUCAAGAAGUGGUGUCCUGCAUUUAAGGUGGAGCUCUAUCAUGGCUCAGGAAGGGCAGCUUUAAACAGGAGGCUUCAGUAUGCUGCAAAAUCUAAAGGGCCUGCACCCUUUAACGUGAUGCUGACGUGCUACUCCCUUUUUGAGAGGCAGAGUGCUCAGACAAAAGAUGACCGCAAAUUCCUUAAGAAAUGGAAUUGGCGCUGUGUGGUUAUGGACGAGGCUCAUCUUUUGAAGGACAGAAGCAGCUUUCGCAGCAAAAAGUUGCGAGAUAUAGCUCACAAAGCAAUUCAAAGACUGAUGCUGACUGGUACUCCACUCCAGAACGAUUUGCAGGAGCUAUGGUCACUUCUGGAGUUCAUGAUGCCUGAUGUGUUCAACACAAAUGGCGUUGAUUUAGAUCAAUAUCUGGGAACCAGGAACGAUACCUCAGGGAUUGUUGUGCAGGAUACGAACUUGAUGACUCGGAUCAAAGGAAUACUAGGACCUUUUGUAUUACGGAGAAUGAAAACUGAUGUUAUGCGCCAGCUUGUAUCAAAGAUUCAGGAGGUGGAGUGUGUGGAGAUGCUAGACGAGCAAUCAAUGGCAUAUAAAAAAGCUGUGAAUGAGUAUAGAGCCCUUGCUGAGUCCGCACGUGCCGCUAAAGCUGCAAAGAAAUCCUCAGUUAGCGUAGUAGAUGUCCUUCCUCGUCGACAAGUGACCAAUAUCUUUACUCAAUUGAGAAAGCUCGGUAAUCAUCCCUUGUUGAUACGCCGUUUGUAUUCUGACGAGACAGUCAAGAAAUUGGCUAAGAAAUUUCAUCCAUUAGGAGUUUUUGGAUAUGAAUGCGAUUUGCAGCGUGUGGAGGAAGAAUUGACUAGUUACAGCGAUUUUGACCUCCACAAGUUGUGUAUUCAAUAUGGAGGCGCUGCGGGAGGGCAAGGAAAGCUUGAUGAUGAUCAUGCACUAGCUUCUGCAAAGUGCCAGGCUUUAGCACGUCUACUUCCCAAGUUACAGCAAGGUGGCCAUCGCACAUUGAUAUUCAGCCAGUGGACAAGCAUGCUGGAUAUUUUAGAAUGGGCUCUUGACGUCAUGGGUUUUUCUUACACUCGCCUAGAUGGAAGCACUCAAGUAAGUGAACGCCAAACCCUAGUGGACGAGUUCAACAAUGACCCUAGCAUAUUUGUGUUUCUCCUGUCUACUCGAGCUGGAGGUCAAGGUCUAAAUUUAACAGGAGCAGACACAGUCAUUUUACAUGAUUUGGACUUCAAUCCCCAAAUGGAUCGACAGGCUGAGGAUCGCUGUCAUCGGAUUGGCCAGUCUAAACCUGUUACGAUAUACCGACUUGUAACAAAAGAUACGGUCGAUGAAAGUAUAUACAAGAUAGCCCAACAGAAGCUGGUCCUCGAUGCGGCAGUUCUUGAAGGAAAAGAGUCAUCCUCUGAUCUUAAUGAUGGUGAUGCUCGCACGAUGGGUGAAAUUCUUUCUGCAUUAUUGGAUGUUCCACCGACAUGAUCCUGGAGUCCAGAACACAUUUUUAAUUUAUUUUCAUUAUCUUUAUCUGGCACUGCGAGAAAGCUCACUGAGACAUCUGACUUAAGGUGAACUUGUACAAGGUCUUCCAUGUUAUUGGAAGUCUGGUGCUCAAGUGUAAUCAUCGUCACUUUAUGAAUGACGUAAGUGCAAGUUUCAAACGCAUUCUUGUUAUUAUGCGUAAUUCUGUUACCUCUUUUAUGUUAGGCGAUGAUGUUCUUUCCUUUAAUGUAUAUUGGUGAGCGUAAAUUAUAAUCAAAUUCUCAUUUCCUUUUUUGCUGUCGUCUAUUACUAAGAUGAGUAUGGUUAUUUCGUAGUUAUGUCAUAGUUAGAGAUCCGAGCAUCCAGAAAUGCGUUUCUCUUUGUACAAUAGGAAUGUUGUUAAUUGAUAUGUAGUGAAUAAUUAUGUCGAAAUAAAAUUCACAGAUUCACUGCA